UGGGACCUAACAACCAAUUUUAUAUAGUAAAUGACCAAACACUCCUUUCAUUUCUUUUUUCUUUUUAUUAAUAAUCCCUUCUCUUUACUCUCUUCUUCCAUCCUCCUCAUUAACACUCACUGCCAUGUCCGACGCUCUUUCAUCCCUCCGCCUUCCAUGGAAGAUCAAGAUGAUUUUGUCUGCCAUUUCCCUCGGAACCGACAUCUGCUGCCGCUCCGAUGUUUCUGUCAAUCGCUUCCUCGCUAACUUUUUGGAUUUCAAGUCUCCUCCUCUGAAGAAACCAAAGAACGGCGUCAAAAGCUUCGAUACCACCGUUGAUUCUUCCCGCAACCUCUGGUUCCGUCUCUACACUCCGACUACCGAAUCCACGUCCCAAUCACUUCCCUUGAUUGUCUAUUGCCACGGUGGCGGAUUCGUAUACAUGGCCCCCGAUUCCAAACUCCUCGACGAAUUGUGCCAGAGACUUGCUCGAGAAAUUCCCGCCGUAGUCAUCUCUUUGAACUACCGUCUUGCUCCAGAACAUCGCUAUCCUUGCCAGUACGAAGACGCCUUCGAUAUUCUGAAAUUCAUCGACAACAACGCUUCUGCGAUUGAAGGAUUUCCACCGAAUGUCGAUUUAAAACGAUGCUUUCUAGCCGGAGACAGCGCCGGCGGAAACAUCGCUCACCAUGUGAUUUUGAAAUCUGGAGAUCACGAACACCGCGAGUUGGAAAUCAUCGGCCUGAUUUCGAUUCAACCAUUCUUCGGAGGAGAAGAGAGAUUGGAAUCGGAAAUAAAGCUAAUAAAAGCUCCAUUAUCGACGAUCGACCGAACGGACUGGUACUGGAAGGCAUUUUUACCGGAAGGAUGUGACAGAGACCAUCCGUCGGUAAACGUUUUCGGUCCAAACUCGACGGAUAUAUCGAAUGUAAGGUUUCCGGCGACUAAAGUGUUGGUUGGAGGAUUAGAUCCGUUAAUCGAUUGGCAAAAGAGAUACUACGAAGGGUUGAAGAAAUCCGGGAAGGAAGCUUACUUGAGUGAAUAUCCGAAUGGGUUUCACAGCUUUUACGGAUUCCCGGAGUUGGAGGAAAGCAAUAUGUUCAUAAAAGAUAUCAGGGAUUUCGUAAAGGAACAAUGCCUGAAGAAAAGCAGUUGAAGGAAUCAGAAUCAAGGAUUCGGCCGAUUAUGGUCAACAGACAACAAAGGGUAAGAUUGAAAAGCUUUGGGGGUUUUAUUUGAUUACAAAUUAAGAACAAAAAUUAAGAUAGAUAUUUUAAUCAACUUUAUACUUUAUAGUGUAUGAAAAUGAUGGUUGAGGACAUGUGAAUCAUUAAUAAGUGCUUGUACUUUGUAUUAAAUAUUUUCUAAGGUAGAGUACCUUCUUUUUAAGCAGUGGUGGAUUAGUGUUGUAAAAUUUCUCUGUCACUGAUGUAUGAUGAUUGUAUUAGGACUAUCAUGAUUAUUGAUAAUUGUUGGAAUGGGGAAGAAUCGCAAAAAGUUAGAAUGAUGAAAAAAAAGGGGUGAGUAGGUAUGGUCAAUGUUCAAUCCAAACUUAAAGUUUGAAUUAUUUGAAUAAAUAUUAUAAGAGACUUGUAAUUUCAUGAAUUAAACA